AAAAUAAACCUUUCAUAUGCGACCGGCAUUUACUUACUAGUCGUCUUUGGGAUCCUAAGGGAGCUUAACCGGAAAGUUGAAGGGGUAGAAUUAAAAGUGAAAAAUGGCACCGACAGCAUCAGAAGUUGCCGGAAAGUUGAAUCUGAAACCACACCCCGAAGGUGGUUUUUUCAAUGAAACAUUUAGAGACACUUCCAUCACUCUUUCCACUUCUCAACUCCCACCUCAAUAUAAGGUUGAUCGUCCAAUCAGUACAGCCAUAUACUUCUUACUUCCGUCCGGGAGUGUUUCGCAUCUCCACCGUAUUCCUAGUGCAGAAACAUGGCACUUCUAUCUGGGCGAACCUCUUACGAUACUGGAGAUAGAUGAUAAAGAUGGAAGUUUGAAGUUAACAUGCAUUGGACAAGAUAUUGGAGAAAACCAACUGCUGCAGUAUACGGUGCCGCCAAAUGUAUGGUUUGGAGCAUUUCCUACAAAGGACUAUGAAAUAUCAACGAAUAAUGCUGUCGUGAAAAAGGCACCAAGGGAUGCAGAGGAACACUUUUCUUUAGUGGGAUGCACGGUCGCACCUGCCUUCCAGUUUGAGGACUUUGUGUUGGCCAAACGAUCUGAACUCAUUUCUCGUUUUCCUGCUCAUGAAUCUCUCAUCACUUUGAUCACAUUUGAAGAUUAAAAGGCAAUGAUUCCAUACUUUCAUGUACUUUUAAUAUGAGGAGCCCAGUUGCUUAUUUCGUGUAUUUAAUUUUAGUUAUGUUCAAAUUUAGCUAAUAAAACCCGUAUGGUCUCGCGAUAUCCUGUAUCAUCAAUUACAAUAUGUUUCUUAAUGCUAUAUUAAGUGAUUUUUAUUAGUGAA